AUGGACUUAUCACACCACAUCAACUCUAAAAGCAAGGCUCGGCAUCCGUCGCCUUUGAAAGAUAUUAUCAAGUUUAUGGGAUAUGAUGGCAUGGUUAGCUUGGCAGGGGGACUUCCGCAUCCAUCACUCUUCCCACUUGAGCAAGUGAAGUUCGAUUGCCUUACACCAUCGGCUUCUUUAUCGAAUGACCGAAAGGUCGGAAGCGCGGUGGUAGACCCGCUUAGUCUAACGGUCGGUCGGGGAUCAUCUCCCGGCGACCUCGACCUGACUCAAUUUUUGCAGUACGGCUCUGGAUCUGGCAAUCGUCAAUUAAUUGAGCUCUGUAAGGAACUGACGGAAAAAGUACAUGCACCACCAUGCAAGUAUGAUUCCGUUUUACACAUAGGAAACACAAAUGCUUGGGCAAAGGUUGUCGGUUUGCUUUGCGAAGAUGAUGAUAUAGUAAUUGUUGAAGAAUUCACGUAUCCAUCUGCACAAGCACUUUGGAUUCCGUUGGGAAUCAAGGCAGUAUCUGUGUCGGCAGAUACCGAGGGAAUCCAGUCAAAUAAGCUGCGGGACUUGCUCACAACCUGGGACGCAAAGAGCAGGGGAGCAAAGAGACCUAAAGUGAUUUAUCUAGUUUCGGUCGGCUCAAACCCUACUGGAGUCACCAUAUCAGCACAAAGAAGAAGAGAGAUCUAUGAUCUCUGCGUUGAGUUUGACCUGAUCAUUGUCGAGGAUGACCCCUAUUACUUCCUGCAGUAUCCAGGAUACCAGCCCUUGUCUGGUAAAGCAGUUUUCCAACCCAAGGCAACAAGUGACUUUCUGAAAUCUCUUGUUCCUUCAUUCCUCUCAAUGGAUACCCAAGGUCGAGUGAUUCGCCUCGAGUCUUUCUCGAAGACCAUAUUUCCUGGUUUGCGCAUGGGGUACUUCAUUGCGAAUCCGGUUUUCAUCGAACGUUUACUUCGAGCCUCCGAAGUGGAAACGCAAGAUCCUGCUGGCCUCAGUGAGGCAUUUGUGCUCAGUCUUUUGAACCGCUGGGGCAUCGAUGGAUAUCUGACGUGGCUGCAAAACCUGCAAUUCCAGUACCAGACCCGGCGGAACUGGCUGCUAGAUGCAUUCUAUGCCAACUUCACUGUUCUGCCCGCUGCGGAGUCGCCUCUACCCAAAGCACAGGGACUAGUGGUGUGCAUAGAGAGUAAGGCCGAUGGAGGGUUGCGACCUGUUUUCAGCUUUGUGGAUCCUGAGGCUGGAAUGUUUGUGUGGACCAAGUUCUACUUUCAGGAUGUAAAGCGUUUUUCAGAGAUCGAAAGCAAGUCAGUCGAGGACCCGGAGCAAACCUUCGCUGACGAGUUAUGGAAAGCCUGGGCUACAGAGCUGGUUUUAUUGACACCGGGAUCGUACUAUCACCCUUGGCAAGGGGCGGACAAGGUCACUACCAAGGCACGAGGAGCAGAACCCCGUACAGCGCACUUCCGUUUCUCAUUUGCAACACCGUCGGAGGAGCAGAUCCACUCCGGCGUGGAGCGAGUGCGGAUGGUGAUAUCUAAAUACUGGGAAUAA